CUCACGCGGACGGUGUUGAGCACAGGGAAGUAAAUACCUGUCGUGUGUCACACAAUGUCGGUGCGACUGGAGUUUGUUUGACUACGACAGUACAGUAUUCAGCCCCGUACACAGCAAGUGAUUAAGCCUAAUGAAGAGCACUACUGAGAUAGUUUUUGUCUACAGUGUAGGGUCUAAAACUGAAAUUGACAGAUGAAGAGUGAAGUAAUGGGGCCGAAGUUUUUGAUAUUUUACAGUCUUAUACUCCUUGUGCAAAAAACAUAUUCAGCACUCACGAUCAAAGAAUGUCCAGAUGAAAUGAGAAAUGUACCAGAGGACAGUAAGAUCAGGCUUACUUGUGGUCAGUAUCUCACCAAGAUAGAGUGGUAUCAUUCUUACGACAGAAUGUUGAGGGGCUACAUCGGCAACUGCAUUAAAAGAUCGUGCGACCCCACACAGAGAAAUCAGCUCAGAUUAGAUGCCGAGUGGGCUUCGUGGGCUUAUGAUUCGUCGUCGUACAAGAGCACUCUAGACAUCACGACAGUUACAAGGGAUGAAGCUGGUUUUUUCCAUUGUAGAAAUUAUUACACCGACGACAGAGCAUCGUGUAGACUUCGGGUAACAGCAUCCGCUGAAGUCGUUUUUAAAAACUGCAGUGUGGGGAUAUCAGACUGGCAAGUGAAAGGAGAAUGUCUGGUAGAAAAGAUGUACGCGUCUGAUGAUGUCUACACAUGCACGUGGAGCGUAAAAAAUAUUCAGGUACCAGGUGUAUUUCAAAGACCGCUGAGUUCUUACCAGUCUCGCGGUAGAACCUACAUGAGAGGAGUUUGUUCUUUCAUCCAGCAAAUACCUUUUAAUGGAUACAGCUUCACCAGCAGUAUCAGUUACACCUACAAAAUCAGUAUAGACCCAGGUCCUCAAGACAGCCUUGUAACGACGAUAAAGAUUGAGCCUCCUAAGAAGCCUGAGAUCAACUGUUCAGAAAUUGUUCAUGAGGGAUCGACUGUCAUCUGCAAUUGCACCUCUCAAAACAAAGGAAACCCGCCUGCAAAAUUUGUUUGGGAUGGAAUAAACACCGAUAGACUACUUCUUCAGAAUGUCAGCCGCCAACAGAGCUUCACUAAUUAUACAUGCCGACAGACUUGGGAUCCCAUUGGGGUUAUCAACACUACAGUUCAUUACACCUUCAAAGUAGCAUACGGACCAUCGGCCGUUGACAUUUCCAUUGUGAUAUCAGAAAAUGGAGCAAAGAGCUUUAUGUGUACGGCGAAGGAUGUGUUCCCCUCAGCCAUCUUUCGCUGGAACAUCACCUGUGACAAAAAGAAUAACACCAUGACUACCAGCACGUGCACGCUGCCCAGACGUGGUACAGAUGACGACAUUGUAGUGCAGUGCACAGCCAGUAACACAGCUUUUCCUGAUUUGUCUGUUACAAAAAUCUUUGUUGGAGACUAUACUAGUACAAAAACUGAAAUAUCUUCAUCAGGUACAGAACAGGCAAAUGAACAGUCAAAGUACUCGUCAUCAUCGGACACCAAUAACGGAGGACUAAUUGGCGGUGUUGUUGCAGCUGUCAUUUUCGCAAUUAUCGUUGGAGCUGUCAUCGCUGUAAUCAUAGUCAAGCGGCGAAAAGAUCCAGUAUACAACACGGCUAGAAGACCUGCUAACAAGGAACAUAAUUAUGAAGACCUUACUCAGAACAGGUGUGAAGUUCGCCAGCCAACAGGUGUAAGCUACGAAGUGGUUACAAGACAAAGUUCUGACGAACAUGUAUAUGGGGAUGGUACUCUUAAAGGUCAGAGUGCUUCAAAAACUGAAGGUGUAAUCUUUGUUCUACCAACGACUUGAAGAAGAACUGCUCGGAUUUUAAAGGUGCAGUCGAUGUUGAUGUGUUGAGUAUCCUUUGGACGCUCACAAAAAAAGCUUUAAUGAUUUUGUUUUUGGUUGUGCAAGGUUUGAAAGAAUGAUCUUAAAUGAUGGCUGUAAGAGAUAUUUUAUGGUUUUUUUAAUAACGCAUUAAAACUUUCGCUUAUUUGUGCAAAAAAAAUUUCAAGAGAACUAUUUACAUUUAAAUGUGUUUCGGUGCUAACAUGGCAUAAUAUCCUCAUACUGUGGAACAAGAUUCAGCUAUAAUAACUUUAUCACAUUUAUGGCUAUGUAUUUUGUGAAUAGAAGUAUUUCUAAAAGUUUAUUUUCAAAAAAGUUACUUUAUAAAGCGCUGUGCAGUUCUAAAUCUUCAGAAUGUGGAUAUUUUGUUUGGAGACCGCGAUUUUAGUUAGGGCUUAUGUAUUGUUAGUUGUGUACAUUUGAGGUUAAAUAAUGUCCUCUUUUAGCUUUAAAUACAAAUUCCGCUGAAUCUCGAGUUAAAGAUGCUGAAGUCGCUUCGACUGCUGAUCAUCUGCUCCGUCCACUUUGCCAUCGUUCAGAGAAGUGUCUUUUAAGGUCAUUGUUCUACAACCACACACACAACUAGGGAUUCCAUUGGUCACUCAUUCGUCAUGAAAUAAUCAAGUAGCCAGCGUCGACGAGAGAGAGAGAGAGAGACUAUCCCCCUACUGCCCCCUUACCCUUGCUUUCAAGUGGUUGGUGGACAGUUGACUAACCCUACUCCCCGUCAACCUGGCGGACAGGUGUGGGAGCCCCCGGGGUGUCAGUCUGUCUCCAGGCUGUUGACCCGUCUACCAGCCGGCUGGUCUCGCUUGGCUAAACAAAUUCCAUAGGGUAACUUCCAAAUUUUGCGUUGAAGGGUUCAGUACAACAACUCAUUCCACCAAUAUACUUUAAUACCUCACUACUAAAGCAAACAUUUUUUUCGUUGUAAAUGCUAGUCCUCAAAAGGUCCCCACGAUGUGGAGUUGUGUGUCACAGUUAACAAUGAACAGUCUCAAUAUCUAAGCCCUCGAGCUCUGGUGUAUUUUACUUCCUUGCUGAGGUGCGAACCUUAAGAGACCUGAAUCAGUUCAGAGAGCCCCGUCUCAUAUUUCUCUGGUAUUUGUUCCCAUUUUCCUUUUCUCGCUGUUUUAAAUUGGUGUAAAUAAUCCCUCACCCUUUCGCUGAGGAAGUAGUGAGCUCUUACUCGAUGUGUGAGUGUGCUUGUGUGUGAGAGAGAGUGUGUGUGUGUUUGCAUGUGUGUGUUCUUGUGUGAGUGAGAGAGAUAGAGAAAGGCUAUGUUCUUUACUAUUUGUCAAACUACCAAACUAAACCAUACGACAAUCUUAGAAAAGAGAGAAACAAAGACAAAAACAUAAACUGAUGUUCAAGUUGGAGUUGCUUUCUUUUAUCUUUACACCGACUACACACCCGGACUUAGCCAACCUUCGGGUCCACAAAAGGCACUACUUUUUUUCUCCUUCACUCGUCAUGUGUUCAAUUGUGUUUCCCACGUAGGACUAGGAAAAAAAAUGUAAGCUGUCAAGACCUGGGGCAUUGUACUUCCCUGUAGAGGUCGAGAACCCUCUGUGACCUGAUCCUGUUAACCGCCCACCUUCCUUCUAUCUUUAUUUUUAGCUUCCUUCUUCGCUCUCUUUCUCUCUUCGUUUUAGAGAUACAUUAAUUUAUUUCAAGAUUCAAUGUGUGUAUAUAUAUAUAAUGCUAGUAAGAGUAAUAUCUGAAAUUGCCCCGGUGGAGAAAUAAAGCUGGAUUGUUUUUGUAUUGUACCUUUUUAUGACAAGUAUUCUUUAUAAA